AUGUCAGAAGCCUAUGAGCGCGAGCGCCAAAACAACGCUCGGCUGGACGAAUUAUCCGCCAAGGUAUCCGCCCUCCGUGGCGUAACCAUCGACAUCUACGAUUCCGCCCGGUCCCACGAGGUGAUCGAGUCGACGACCGAUACAUUCUCCUCGAUGACGACACAGCUCAAGGGCUCAGCGAGCCGACUCGGCCGGAUGGCGGCAGCGGGGAACAAGGUGGCCGUCUUCAAGCUGUCGGGCAUCGUUAUCGGGAGCGUGCUGGUGCUGUACUACCUUUGGCGGUUGUUGUUU